GAAAAAAAAGAAAAGAAAAUUCUUCAUGUGCGUGUGUAGCUAGAAUACGAUUUUUUAUAAAUUUUUGUGUAAGAAAGAAGAUUUAUGUGCAUUUAAACAUAACCGAUUACUUAUUAUAAAGAAAUUGAAAGCUGUGAAAACAUAUACUUUGUUACAAAGCUUAACCAUAGUUGUAGAUUUCACUUAAAUACAGAUCUGCGUCUAUCGCAAUAUGGCCGUCCUGUAAUGAUUCGGUGGUCAGUGAUAUUAUUGUGAUUUCAUCUCUUACACAUUAUCAAAAUGGAGCUUCGCGUCGGUAAUAAAUACCGGCUGGGUCGUAAAAUCGGCUCAGGAUCCUUUGGAGACAUUUACUUAGGAACCAACAUUGUGACCAGAGAAGAAGUAGCUAUCAAAUUAGAAUGCAUAAAGACAAGGCACCCGCAGUUACACAUAGAGAGCAAAUUUUACAAACUUAUGCAAGGAGGAGUUGGUAUUCCGGCAAUCAAAUGGUGUGGCUCGGAAGGAGACUACAAUGUAAUGGUAAUGGAAUUGCUGGGUCCAUCUUUGGAAGAUUUGUUCAACUUCUGUUCGCGCCGCUUCUCCCUCAAGACUGUGCUACUUCUCGCUGACCAGCUUAUCACACGCAUUGAAGACAUUCAUUACAGGAACUUCAUCCAUAGAGAUAUCAAGCCAGAUAACUUCCUUAUGGGUUUAGGUAAAAAAGGGAACUUAGUGUACAUAAUAGAUUUUGGGUUAGCAAAGAAGUACAAAGAUCCACGCUCUCUGCAACACAUACCAUACAGAGAAAACAAGAAUUUAACAGGUACAGCAAGGUAUGCAUCAAUCAACACUCAUUUAGGCAUCGAACAAUCGCGUCGUGACGACUUGGAGUCUUUGGGAUACGUACUGAUGUAUUUCAACCGCGGCAGUCUCCCAUGGCAGGGCUUGAAGGCCGCUACUAAACGCCAGAAGUAUGAAAGGAUAUCAGAAAAGAAACUAUCCACGCCCUUUGACGAACUUUGUAAAAAUCACCCAAUCGAGUUCCAGCUGUACCUCAAGUACUGCCGCCGGCUGCGCUUUGAGGAGCGCCCGGACUACAGCCACUUGCGACAACUGUUCCGCACGCUCUUUCACCGGCAGGGGUUCACUUACGACUACGUGUUCGACUGGAAUAUGCUCAAAUUUGGAGGACAACGCGGCAACUACCAGGCGGGAGCAAACGACCGCACGCUCAGGCGCCACGAACAAACCCAAGAACAAGAAACCACAGCGGCAGGCGCAGCGGGGCAGCCGAGCACCACGGUGGCGGCCAUCUCGGAGUGGCGGUGAGGGAGCUCCGCGCAGCCGCGUAUGCGCCCACAGCGUGCGGCACCGUGAGCUCGCCGCUGCGCCGGCGCCGUGAGCUCACAGCUGCGCCGGCGCCGUGAGGUCGCCACUGCGCCGCCGCCGGGAAGUCGCCGCUGAGCCGGCACCAGGAGCUCGCCGGCGUCGGCGCCGCGGGCACGCGCCGACCAGGAAUUGAGGCAGGAGCGUUGACCUCACCGGAUGGUCCCCUAACGCAGACUCUUGUGUUUAUGUAAGAAAAUUUUGUAUGCAUUCAUGUUAACGUUCAUAUAUUGUAAAUUAUUUAAUUUUAGGCUAAAUAAGAUGAUGAGUGGGCCGUGGACUAAUUAAAAAGAAAUAACAUUCUCGUCGUUUUAAUGUGACUCAUAUAAGCAUAGCUGAUAAUUAGGCCUACCCAUACAUCCAUUGUACUUUAUGCUCAGUUAUAUUUAGAUGUAAGACAGAUAGGUAGUCAAUUGUGAAGAAAUAUUUUUUUCACUUAUCUUUCAUUAUGGAACAUUAAAAAUGACCCAAACAUACUUCUCUGCCGAAGGCUAUGUUGGAUCAUUGAGUUGACGAGUUUGAUAGCAGAGACACAAAUCGGACAUGUUAUUUCUUUGAAAUCACAAUGAGUUGGUGGGUACUGGUGAUUGAACUGUUGAUUUCGGCUUUUGGGUUUAUUGAACUUGUUUAUAAUUUAGUUAAAGUAAAAUGUGCAAUAAUAUUGAUUUGAUUAUUUUAGCUUUGUUAUUUGUGAUCUUGCAGCCUAAAAUUGUCUUCCACUUUUAUUUACCUUGUUUACUGAACUUAUAUCGAUGCAGGCUUCUUGUGUCUGUACUUGUUCAGUUGACAAAUUGACAUGUCCAACCACUGCCAUAAUUGUAACUAGGUAAGUUCUCUAAUAUUCUGAGAAGUUAACAUUUCCUCUUACAAAAUGCUUGUCCCAGAUUAGUUGAGAUUAUUUUAUUGUCUUUUAUAUUGGUGGAAUAGAUGAUCACUUUAUUAUCAAGUCUUUUGUUUUAGUUACUCUCCCUUGAAAUGUAGAUAUACAUUCCUGUUUACAUUUUCUAUUAAAUCUAUUUCAUUUUAGCAAACUUUGAUCUCAUGUAAAUUACCAAAAUCUUCAACUUAAUGCACUUAUCGUGUAGGUGAACUUUAUCAGUAUGAUUGAUUGGUUACCAUUUCUAUAUUGCAUGUAACGAAGGUGAAGCUAUUUAUAUUUACAGAAUAUUCCACCACAUCGAAAUAUAUAUAACUAUUUGUGUCGAUGUCUAUAAAAAUAAAGUUGUAUAUACUUUUGUCGUAGGAUCUGUAUGUUUUUUCUUGAAGUUGUAACAAAUCUUAAUUGCAAUCGUAAUUCACACAGUACAAAGUUAUCUUGCUGCAUGUUUGAUGUACUACGCUUGGUUAUUGUGUUGAUACUAUAUUAGUAUGGAGCUCGGUACAUCACUGACAUGGGGGUAGUAUUGUUUGUAGUGUGUGUCCUGCAGUUUCUGAGGGGAGCAUUGUUCACCACCUCACCUAUGAUCACUGACUGGAAUGGACCAUCCAUCUCUAAUAUGACUGAGAAUAGGUUCAAUUUUUAUUGUGUAAAUAUAUCUCAUAAGUUUUUGUUAAGGACUUGCAUUGCAAUGGCUCCUGGGAUUAUAAAUCAUCCUGUUGUCAGUAUGUAUAAGGUAUAAGUUUUGUUUCGGUACACAUAGUGAUUUGUUUGGAAUCAAGCACGUCAAAAUAUUAUUUUUAAAUUGCGACGAUGACAUAUUUUGUACUAAUCUAGCACUUCUCCCUGUCCAGUUUAAUGAUAGUGGUAGCACUUUGGGGUUUUGCAUGUUAAAUUCAAGUAGUCGAGAGUUAAGUUUUUAGUCAACAGGGUAAUUAACUAGCAUUUGUAUCUAUCAUUAUAUUUUAAUUCCAAUCAGAUUGUAUCGAAUCAGAAGUCGCAAUCAUUCUUUUUCUAUCGCUAAGUGCCAACUCGUUUUGGUAUGAUUAAAUCAUAAUGUUGAAGUGUGAUUUACUUACUUCCAAUUUUAGCUCUGCCGGUUUACGAAUACCCAAACGUGUUUUUAUGAUAUUGUGUUACUAAUUCUUACGGACUUAUGUUAAUUAUAUGUAUGUUAGCUGAAGUUUAUGUGUCCAAAUACUUGGGAAUGGCAGUGUUGUCGUGAAUAGUGCGGCGCGGAGCUCGAAGUGUCGCGGAGCGCGGCCUGGGUCGCCGUGUGUCGCCUCGUGUCAGUGCCGCCUCGUGACAGGCAGUCGAGACGUGCGGCUUGCUCCUAACGUUAAGUGUACGCUCUAACCGACGAAAGACUUUAUGGACUUAAUUUGUAUAUAAUAAAUUAUAAGGUAAUUAGAUAAGCCGACACUGUUUUUUACAAUAUCCUAGGUAAUGGAAAUAAAUACAUACAUAACUGUUGUAGUGUUAAUGUCAUUCGAAUUAUUUUGCUGUUAUUCUAUAUGUAUUUUGGGAGGUAUUAAUAAACUGAAAUAGUCUCAGCUGAGAUUAAUUUAUUAAUACCAUCCUUAGUCUUGAUUGCGUCGAUUUGAGUAGCGGCGUGUCACAUACUCCAUAUUGUAACGAAAAUAUAUUAUUGAUCGUGCUUGAGCAGUUGACGAAUUGUAAAUUUUUCUUUGAUAUUUACUUGUUACAGUGGAGGGAAUGAAUCAAUUGUAGUGGUAGAGAUAAUGAUUAAUAAAUUUAGAAAAGGAUGUGAAUUUUAAUACAUGUUCGCGAAUUCUAAAUUUAAGGAUUUGGAUGAGUUUGUUCCCUCCUCCCGCGAGUAACCGCACCGAUAACAUGGACGAACAUUUUAGUAGUUUCAUUAUUAUUUACCUUCUUGAUGUGGUAUAUUUUUCUUUACACGCAUUCAUCUAUGCUAGCCUGUAUAGCUUAGCAUAAUAUGCAUUAUAUACAAUCGUUAUGCUUGCAUUGUUUCCUAUGUCCAGUAUGAUAUGUAUUAAUUCCUUUGGCACAAUAAACUGAGUAAAAUAAAA